UGAUCAGAGCUCAGACUAGUUUCAGUUUUAAGAAAGUGAAAGUUACACCCUCACUGCCUCUGAGAAGUAAAAUGGCGCAGAAAGGAAUUCAGCUGGAUAGAGAAACGUUCUCUUGUUCGAUCUGUCUGGAUCUACUGAAAGAUCCGGUGGCGAUUCCUUGUGGACACAGCUACUGCAUGAAGUGUAUUGAAAGCUUCUGGGAUGAAGAGGAGAAGAAGAUCAUCAGCUGCCCUCAGUGCAGGCAGACUUUCACACCGAGGCCUGUCCUGGUUAAAAACACCAUGUUAGCAGCUUUAGUGGAAGUGAUGAAGAAAAGUGGACUCCAAGCUGCUCCUGCUGAUCGCUGCUAUGCUGGACCAGAAGAUGUGGCCUGUGAUAUCUGCACUGGAAGGAAAUUGAAAGCCAUGAAGUCCUGUUUGGUGUGUUUGGUGUCUUACUGUGAGACACACAUCCAGCCUCAUUAUGAUGUUGCUCAGUUAAAGAAGCAUCAGCUGCUGGAGCCCUCCAAGAAGCUGCGUGAACACAUUUGCUCUCAUCAUGAUGAGGUGAUGAAGAUGUUCUGCCGCACUGAUCAGCAGAGCAUCUGCUAUGUCUGCACGGUGGAUGAACAUAAAGGCCACGACAUAGUCUCAGCUACAGCAGAAAGGACUGAGAGGCAGAAGAAGCUCCAGGUGACUCGACAAGAAAUCCAGCAGAGAAUCCAGGACCGAGAGAAAGAUGUGAAGCUGCUGCAACAGGAGGUGGAGGCCAUCAAUGGCUCUGCUGAUAAAACAGUGGAGGACAGUGAGAGGAUCUUUACCGAGCUGAUCCGUCUCAUCCAGAAAAGACGCUCAGAUGUAAAGCAGCAGAUUCGAUCACAGCAGGAAAGUGAAGUGAGUCGAGUCAAAGAGCUCCAGGAGAAGCUGGAGCAGGAGAUCACUGAGCUGAAGAGGAAAGACGUCGAGCUGGAGCAGCUCUCACACACAGAGGAUCACAACCAGUUUCUAUUCAAUUACUCUUCACUGCCAGCUCUCAGUGAGUCUGCUCACUCGUUGAGCUUCAUCAUUCGUCCUCUGAGGUACUUUGAAGAUGUGGCAGCAGCUGUAUCAGAGACCAGAGAUAAACUACAGGACUUUCUGACAGACAGAUGGACAAACAUCUCACUCACUGUGACUGAAGUGGAUGUUUUACUGUCACAACCUGAGCCAAAGACCAGAGCUGACUUCUUAAAAUAUGUAUGUGAAAUCACACUGGAUCCAAACACAGCACACAAACAGCUGUUAUUAUCUGAGGGAAACAGAAAAAUAAAAUUGGUGUCUCUAAAACAGUCCUAUCAUAGUGCAGAGAGAUUUUCUGCAAAUUUUCAGAUUCUGAGUAAGGAGAGUCUGUCUGGACGUUGUUACUGGGAGGUGGAGUGGGGAGGAACGAGAGGCUAUGUAGCAGUUGCAUACAGAGAUGUCAGCAGAGCUGGGGAUGGUUUUGGACGUGAUAAUAAAUCCUGGACUUUAUUAUGCAACCCAAACAAUAAUCAAUUUUGGCACAAUAACAUCCAAACUUCCAUCUCAGGUUCUCAGUUCUCCAAAGUGGGAGUGUACCUGGAUCACAGUGCAGGUAUUCUGUCUUUCUAUGAAGUGUCUGAGACCAUGACUCUCCUCCACAGAGUUCAGACCACAUUCACUCAGCCUCUCUACGCUGGAGUACGUCUCUACUUCUCUUAUGGAGACACUGCUGAGAUCUGUAAACUAAAGUAGAUGCAUGGUGUCUUUAUUUGUCCAUAAAUGUUUGUUGCUGUGUAUAUGUUGUUUUGUAUAUGAAACAUAUUUUACAAAUAAACUCUGCCUUGCCUUGCCUCACUAUAAACAUAUGCUUAAUUAACAAACCAGUUACUUUAGGCAAUAAAUAUUUUCUCUCCUCAGUUCAUAAUUUUACCCAAAUCUGCUGAUAAAAAUAUGAAAAUGAUAUGAGAGUACGAUGCAGCACCACAAAUAUCAAAAUUCACAUUUAGAACAGAAAAUGACCCGUUUUUAUUAUCAGACGCAUAAACAGAGAAAAAUGAUGAGAAUUUAUUUCUUUCAGUUUAAGUUUGACAAAGUGAUUCUUGAGAAAUUAUAUGAUGAUUGUUGAAAUCCAUCAUAGAAUAUGGUUGACUGAAUAUUGUUAACAAACUUUAAUAAAACUUCAGACUACCCUCAGCUCAUCCUAAGUAUCUAAACUGUUUCCAAAAAGAAAGAAAUAAUAAACUGGUACUGCUACACCUCCAUGUUUCACUGUGUCUAAUAUUAUUCUAAUUAACAUCAGAACAAUCCCAACUAUAGUCCAUUACAGGUUUGGAAAAAUGUUAUAUUUUCUUUUGUUCUUUGUGAGCCAAAGUGUUUGAUUGCUAUCAAUAUUAUAGUAGAACUAUGAAGAUGUAAAGUGUCUCAAACCACAUCACAGUGGGAUGAACUCAGCUGAUACACUGUGAAAAAAAAUCCUGUAACUCGAAUGAAAACUUUACUUACUGAGACAAGAAAGGGAAGCAGACUGAAUCAGAAAUGUGUUUGUGGUCACGUUGAUGCACUUAUUUACAUGUUAUAGAUUUUCCUUGAUGACAUUAUUUUCAUGAAAGACAUCAUUAUUAAUCUUUGAUUAAGUAGCAGUUCAUGAAACAAUCAGCAA